AUGAUGUUCAAUCACUGCGAGUUCGAGGACGAUGAAGAGGUGUUUGAGGAAAAUCGUUUGCUAGGCGAAGGUAUGGUUGGCCUUGUCGAAGAAGUGACCGUCCGGUCCCGCGAGCCACCCAUUGUGUGUGUACGGAAGAAGAUCGCGAGGCCUAAACAGCUUAAAGCGCACCAACAAAUCAUGGCUGCUUUCAUCCGAGAAAUCAGAGUCAUGCGCCAAGUCAAUCAUCGCCAUUGUGUUCGCUUUCUUGGGAGUUAUACCGAUAAUGAGUCUGUCAAUAUUCUCUCAACACCUGUGGCAGAUAUGGAUCUUGCUGCCUUUCUGGAAAGGCCUAUCGGGGACCGGGAGUGGACUAUACUCUACAAGGGUAUUGACUGUCUCUGCAACGGGCUAUUAUAUCUUCAUCAGAACAAAAUUCGGCACGAAGAUCUGAAGCCGCAGAACAUUCUCGUUCAUGGCACCAACAUAUUGCUGACCGAUUUUGGAUUCAGCUUGGACUUCUCUGAUGACUCUGUUUCGACGACUACUGGACGCCCAUCGGCAUGGACCAUUCGAUACUCCGCACCAGAAGUUCUAGAUUCUGAGCCCCGCAAUCGAGCUAGCGACAUAUUCUCUCUUGGAUGUGUUCUGGUGGAGAUGAUUUCGGGACUUUACGGACACAACCUCUCCGAAGUCAAGGACUAUUGGAAGAAAACUAGUAACGGGCAAUCCAGUUUUGCACGCAACCCAGAGGCAACAUCCUCAUGGCUCGCACUACUGUCGGAUCAACCUGACAGCAGCAGGCUCGAACGCAUUGUCGAUUACCUGCCAGAACUCCUGGCCACAAGACGCCUUGAUCGACCGUCGGCUCAAACAGUCGUCGAUAGACUGUGGAACCUGUGCCUACUUUUUCCUGACCUUCCGCAUCUUGUCAAUCCCUGUUGCGGACCACCGCCAGGGUGGACAGACGAUAUUCAUCCUGAGCGCCUCAGAGGAAGUGGUUUGCCAAAAACGCGUGAUCCACAGUUUUGGUCAGAUCUUGAUAGUAACUUCAACGCUGUUGCAGCCACUGAAAUGACUUAUGUCGUACUGGACCAGAGUUUCAAGCAAGUCGCUGCCAAACAUAACUGUUAUAUGUACCUGCAUGAACGCCAGCUGGACGGGAAUACCCUUCGAUACAUCGAUGAUGUUGUCGCCAUUAAGCAAGCAUGCGCCAUGCUCUCCCUCAAGUCCGGUAUGACGCAAAAUCAGUCACAAAGCCGAACCGUUCAACCAACGAAUUUUAGCUACGAACAAGUGCUGCUGGAAAUGUUCCAGAAGUACGAGUCCCGGCAGGUCAUGUUCACAGCGCUAAGGACAAGAGUCCGGCCACCAAUGUACACAGAUGCUCCAGGUAUAUCCCGAAGACUCUCGAUGAUGUGGCAAAUGCGGACAAUCCAAAUCUCCAUGGUCUGUCACGAACAUCGCCUGGACGGCGAAACCUACCUCAAUUACGUCUUCUACGUGCUCGCAUUUCAUAUAGCCCAAGAAGGAUACGAGCCUUCGAUACUGGGUGCGCCUUUCGUGGAUCCAAGUAUCGCGACGUAG